GCGAAGAAUGGGGCAAACAUUAAAUUUUCUUUUACUGCAAAUGAUACAGUAGUGCAAUACUGGCUUUGUCUUCUCUCUCCCUUUUCAUUAUUCUUUGAAACCUCAUGCCCCAUUAUGUUGGGUGAUGCUUCCUCAUAUCUGUAAUCAUAUGAACAGUGUAGAAUGAUGUAGCUGAGGUUUCAUCGAUUUGAAAGAAGAUCCGAGAUGGGUUUCGUAAGCACUAUAAUGGGGUUUUUUGGGUUUGGAAUAGGGAUCUCAGUUGGGCUUGUGAUUGGCUACUUCAUGUUCAUCUAUUUCCAAUCAACUGAUGUUAAGGACCCUGAUAUUCGUCCUCUGGCUGAGAAAGAUUCAAAGAGUCUUCAAAAGAUGCUUCCAGAGAUACCAUUUUGGGUGAAGAAUCCUGAUUUUGAUCGGCUCGAUUGGCUUAAUAAGUUUGUUGGGACAAUGUGGCCAUAUUUGGACAAGGCAAUUUGCAAACAAGUAAAGCAGAUAGCGAAGCCUAUAAUAGCUGAGCAAAUCCCUAAGUACAAAAUUGAGUCUGUUGAAUUUGAAACACUUACUCUCGGCUGCCUUCCUCCUACUUUUCAAGGAAUGAAAGUUUAUUCUACUGAGGAGAAGGAACUAAUAAUGGAAGUAGCCUUGAAGUGGGCAGGUAAUCCGAACAUCCUUGUUGCAAUCAAGGCAUUUGGGCUCAAAGCCACUGCUCAGGUCCUUGACCUACAAGUGUUUGCAUGUCCGCGUAUUACACUGAAGCCAUUGGUCCCAACUUUUCCAUGUUUUGCCAAAAUACUUGUUUCUCUCAUGGACAAGCCACAUGUUGAUUUUGGAUUAAAAUUACUAGGAGCUGAUACAAUGUCUAUUCCUGGCCUUUACAGAAUUGUUCAGGAAAUUAUUAAAGAUCAGGUUGCAAAUAUGUAUCUGUGGCCGAAAACUCUAGAGGUCCAGAUAAUGGAUCCUGCCAAGGCAACACAGAGGCCAGUCGGAAUCCUUCACGUGAAGGUUGUGAGGGCGAUGAACCUGAAGAAGAAGGAUCUUUUGGGGGCUUCAGAUCCUUAUGUGAAACUCAAACUUGCUGAGGAUAAACUCCCUUCAAAGAAAACAAGAGUAAAGCAAAAAAACUUGAAUCCUGAGUGGAAUGAAGAAUUCAAUUUUGUCAUCAAGGACCCACAAUCCCAAUCUUUAGAUAUUGCUGUCUAUGACUGGGAGCAGGUAGGGAAACAUGAAAAGAUGGGAAUAAAUAUUGUCCCUUUGAAAGAUCUUACACCCGAAGAGACUAAAGUGUUGACACUUAAUCUUCUGAAAACCCUUAACCCAGAUGACCCUCAAAAUGAGAAGUCGCGGGGUCAGAUUGUUCUAGAAGUUAUGUACAAGCCUUUUGCAGAUGAUGAAAUGGCUAGUAGUACCAUUGAAGAGACAGGUGAAGUACAAAAGGCUCCAGAAGGAACUCCUGCUGCUGGUGGAUUGUUAGUAGUCAUUGUCCAUGAAGCUGAGGAACUUGAAGGGAAGCACCACACAAAUCCCUACGUUCGUUUCCACUUCAAAGGAGAAGAGAGAAAAACCAAGGCUGUUAAGAAAAACAGAGAUCCGAGAUGGAAUGAGGAGUUUCAGUUCAUGUUGGAGGAGCCACCUACAAAUGACAGGAUUCGUGUUGAGGUUUUUAGCAUCUCAUCCAGGAUAGGUCUCUUACAUCCCAAGGAGAGUCUGGGAUAUGUGGAUAUCUCCCUUGCUGAUGUAGUGACCAACAAGAGAAUUAAUGAGCGCUAUCACCUUAUUGACUCCAAGAAUGGUAAGAUCCAGAUCGAGCUACAAUGGAGAACUGCUUCUUGAACAAAGCACUCCAACAUUGCGCUGUAAAAAUUUCUCUAGAAGUCCAUAGUCACGUUUUUAAAGUUUUUUGUUGUUCUGCUUUUAUUAAGGCUUCUUUAAGUUUUUUUUAAGUCAAUGUUUCUCCUUGUCCAUAUAGGAAAGAAGGAAUUGUAUUAUUUGUCUUAGAACACAAAACUAUUACAAUUUCAUUGUUUGUCUCCCAAUACACAGAUCUAUUCUGAAACAUGGUGUAUAAUCUUUGGAUAAAUCAAUCCUAUGGUCCCCUCUUUAUUUUU